AUUUAGCUUGUUUAAUGUCGAAGAUGAGCUCGUCUCGUUCUGCUCUGUCGGUUCUAAGUCGGUGUCAUGAAUAAGCAUCACAAUGCAGCGGUACAAUAAUCAUAUUUGUCCUUUGUGCUGAAUCCAGACAAACAGCGAAAAUAUUGUCCAUCUUUGAAACGGGCCGACAAGGUAUAAAGGAUUGCUGCCAUGACUGGAGCUGAUGCCGAGGAUGAUAUUCCUUUAAACGAAAGGAAGACUGUCACAGAUUUUUGCUAUCUCCUGGACAAAUCAAAACAACUUUUCAAUGGACUAAGAGACCUUCCCCAGUAUGGACACAAGCAGUGGCAGUCCUACUUUGGGCGGACUUUUGAUGUUUACACCAAGCUGUGGAAAUUUCAGCAACAGCACAGGCAGAUUCUGGACAACCGCUAUGGCUUGAAGAGAUGGCAGAUUGGGGAAGUCGCAUCCAAAAUUGGGCAGCUGUACUACCACUACUACCUUCGUACAUCAGAAACAAGUUACCUGAAUGAGGCAUUUUCUUUCUACUCGGCCAUCCGCCAGCGGUCCUACUACUAUCAGGUCAACAAAGAGGACAGGCCAGAAUUGGUUGUGAAGAAACUUCGAUAUUACGCCCGAUAUAUAGUUGUCUGUUUGCUGCUCAACAAGAUGGACCUAGUCAAAGUUUUGGUCAAGGAGUUAUCUGAAGAAAUCGAAGAUUACACACAACGAUUCAACACUGAGGAUCAGUUGGAAUGGAACUUGGUUUUACAAGAAGUGGCAUCAUUUGUAGAGGCAGACCCUGUGGUACUACUGAAUGACAACAAUUGUGUCACGGUCAUCAGCUAUCGCCUACAGGAGGGAAGUGUGCCUCCCUUGGAACAAGGCAUGGUGGUUGGGCAGCUUGUCCUUGCAGAUGCACUAAUCAUUGGCAACUCUAACAGCCAGGUUAAGUUUAGUGAACUGACUAUUGACAUGUUCCGUAUGCUUCAAGCUUUGGAGAGAGAACCAGGGAACCUUGCUGUACAGACAUGUAAACAAGGAAUUUUGGAACCCAAUGAGAAGCCUGCAAAAAGGGAAAACCCUCACAAGUAUCUUCUAUACAAGCCAACAUUCAGCCAGCUGUUUACUUUCUUGUCAGCCUCCUUUAAAGAGUUGCCUGCAAACAGUGUUCUUCUUGUCUACCUAUCAGCAACUGGAGUCUUCCCAGCUUUAAAUUCAGAAUAUGAAGUCGGACCGUAUGAUUUUGGAGGCGUUCUCACAAAUUCAAAUCGAGAUAUUGUGAAUGGAGAGGUGAUUCAGAAGAGAAAUCAGUCUCAGAAAGACAUGCACUGCCUCCAUCCUGGUGAUUUGCUCCCCUUUACUCGGAAGCCACUUUUUAUUAUAGUGGAUUCUACAAACAGCACAGCCUAUAAGAAUUUCACAAAUAUGUUUGGUCAGCCUUUAGUGUGCCUACUAUCUCCUAAAGUAUAUCCCAAGAGUAUACAAGAUCAAUCCCAGCGUGGGAGUCUCUUCACCCUUUUCCUCUACAGCCCACUCUUGGCAUUCUUCUCUGUGUGCGGCUUAAACAGCGUGAGACGAGGACUUUGGGAGAGCGCGCAAGAAUUCCUUCAUAAAGUCGACCAUGACAUAGCGCAAAUGAUAACACGAUCACAAACCAUAGAUCAAGCCUUUUUGCAGUUCUUUGGCGAUGAAUUUCUUCGACUGCUGCUGAUCCGUUUUGUGUUUUGUUCAGCUACAUUGAGACUGCACAAAGUAUUUCGGGAUUCUCAGAGCUUCCCUGAGUCUUACCCCGAGCUCCCGAAACAGGACACAGUGGAGAGCAGUGUUCUUCAGAAGCAUAUUUUGAAGAUGGCAGCCAUACUGGAUGUACAGAACCUCUUUUGGGAUCAUUCAGUGGAAGCCUACUAAAGUCUUUACCCAGGACCAAAAAAAAGAAACAAAUCUUCACACAUACUCAGAUGCCGCAGCCUUUUGUAGCAUUUUAUUUGUUUAUUUAUAGGCUGACAAGUAAGUAAUACUUGUCAUGUUUUUUUUGCCAUAUUUCCUCCCAAAAGUAAUGAAGGCACAUGACCAGUUCAACCAAAACUGGUCAACAUUACUUAUAAACUAUUCCAGAGUUAAUGUUGAAUUACUUAUAUGACUUCAUUGCAUGUUUUUUUCAGAAAAGCAUCCUUAAGCAUCACUGCCUACUUUUUACUAGAUAAGUAGUUUUUGUGUUUUGUUUAAGCUUAAAAAAGUAUUGUAUAUGGUCAAAAUUGCACAAAUAAUGCAUAUAUAAAAUACUCUCACCAUGCCCUUGAUGACCAAUUAUUAAAGGAGCCAUAUGUAGUAAUGUGGCAGCGCAAUCACUGUCAAAAUUCUGUAGUCCCUUCCCACUCUCCAUGACUGAGGUUGCCAGAUACGAAUCCGAAUCCUACUCCAAGGAACUUCAAAUGGCAAUCGACGAGUCCUACGCUGUAGGUUUCUCUUGUUUAUGCUUCUUACAAGAUAGUUUACUAAGUAAAUAUGACACAUUUUACUGAUGUCGAUUAGCCAAAUGUAUUUGCAAAGUUACGCAGCAAUGUUUUAGUCGGGAGUCGGGACAGAUAGUUGGUAUCAUCCUGCUAAAAUGUCUAGUUUGACCGCACGGACCACCAUCAAAAUAAUUAUAUAUAAUAAUAUAGUAUAUAUCGCAUAGGCCUACUUUGACGGCAAGUCAAGGCCAACAGUAAAAUUACCGCCGCAUUUCGUUCAGCAUAACUCCAUGUUGCAGCCAACGUGCCGCACUGCAUUCUCUUCCAUGUACGCACAUCACCAUCUUUCAGUGCAGAGUGCGAUUCUAUGAGCCAACCCACGUUACGCAAAAACCAUGUUACGCAUAAACCAUAUAGCCUACUACCAUGUCAAUACACAAAGUAGAAAAUCAUUACAUGUAAUGCAUUAUAUUGUGCCAAGCAAAUACCACCCCAUAUGUGCCUAAUGCACAUACAGUUCCAGAAACCGCAAUUAGCCAUGCUAAUGUUGGAACCCAUUUCCUCAGCGUAUCAGCAUAUCGAGAACGAAAUAGGCACGGACACUACCCAUAUCCACAUAGGUUCUAUUUGUCGAAAAUAUAUUUAGCCCUGUCAGUUGGAUGCCACAUCGACAUACAGGCUAACGGGCAUAUAUUUCCCCCGUUAGCCUGUAUGUCGAUGUGUCAUUGACCGGGCUAGCAUGCUAAGCAUUACACUAGGAGCUGAGCACCAUCACACUAAGCAUUCUGCACAAACAUACUAGCUUUGUUAGACAAGAUCAUAGACUGUAUUGGACAAUAUAGUUUACAUAUGAAAUGUCCAUUUCCAUUUAUUACAAGUAAUAAGAAAACGUAAAUGCCUUACUUACCUAUCAAGGAGGAAAUUAGCAAGUUUGGCAUCAGAUGAAAAAAUCUUCUCCGCCUUCAAUCGUCUCCAUCUUUCAAAGGCAUCCGCGAUAGAAAUCCUCGUUUUGUUCCUGGCUUUGUCAUGAAUAAGUUGAGAAUCGUAACUACGCCUUUUAGAUUUACUAAGGUCUGACAUGUUUAGUAACUUUACCAGUGGCAGUAGCUUGAAGAAGAGGGCGGUGCGUAACUGGCAACCUGGAUGUGACACACUCACGGAGUUUCUAAUUGGUCAAACGGUGGAGGGCGGGGCAUCGAAAUGAAAACAAUAACAAGAUUUCGGGGCUGUAAAUCUAUUUUUGAAAUGAGCAUAUCCCGGCUGAACUACUGUUAUCAGUUAUAGAGGUAUUCGAAAAGAACAUGAUUUAUUAAUGCCUUUUGACAUAUCAGGGCCAUUUAAUGAUGACUUGACAUGAAAUUUCUGCAUAUGGCCCCUUUAACUAGAAACCCAUAAGACUCAUAAAUGUCAAUCAAAAUAAAAAGAAGGAAAGUAUCUGAGUUCUGGCGGAUUUGGAUAUUAAUACAAAUAUUGCAUUAACACUUAAAUUGGUCAAAAUGCACUAAAAUAUGGCAACUGGUUAGAAUAUAGAGUAGUUAAUCGAUGUAGAUUAUAACAUAUUUUAAAUGUUUAUACUAUUUAUUACUGUGUACACGAUGUAUAUAAAUGUCUAUCUGAUGUGAUCGUUAGAAAUAGGCUCCUAUUUUUAAGUGAUGUUGCAUUUCCACUUCAACUUUGUAUCACUUUUUUUUGUUUUCAGAAAUAUCCUCCUUGCCAACAAUCGGUCAUCUGCUUUGGGAGGCGGAUCUGAAAUCUUUGUAUUUGUAUGUAUAAUGUAUUGGAUAAUGUCGAUGAUAUUUUUCUACCACGUGCAAACUAAUGUAUUGACUUGAAUAUAAGAUAACCCUUUCCUUUACAAGACCUGGAAAAAUAAUUUGUUUUAGUGCUGUCGAAUAGUAAUGUAAAAAAAAAAAUUGGCUUAAUUACCCCGCGACCCUGAGAGGGACAAGCGGUAGAAAAUGCACUACACUAUUUAAUCGUGAUUAUUCACAAUUAAUUACAGUUAAUAAUUUAUUUUAUUUGUACUCAUAUAUUAUUUUGACACAAAUGUAGUUUGUCAAAAAUGUCAUACAGGAACAUUUAAAGAUAAAUUGCGUGAUUAUUCUGCAUUUACACAUAAAUGCGAUCAUAUUUUGUGAUUAAUCGCAAACUUUGACAGUCCUGCUUUAUAUUAAAGU